CCGUCUAUUAUAUAAAGUGUUGAACCAAGAUGUAGAAAAUAUAAAAAGGCAAUGGACAAACAGAAGCGGUUUGUGCUCAUUCAUGGGCUCUGCCACGGCGCUUGGACUUGGUACAAAGUGAAACCACAGCUGGAGGCGGCAGGGCACUGUGUAACAGCAGUUGAUCUAGCUUCGUCGGGUAUAAACAUGACCAGAUUGGAAGAAAUUCAGACUUUGGAAGAUUACUGCAAACCAUUGCUUGAGUUUCUGAGCUCGCUUUGCUCAGAUGAAGAAAAGGUGAUUCUUGUUGCUCAUAGCAUGGGAGGAAUAUGCGCUGCACUUGCUGCUGACAUCUUCCCUUGUAAGAUUGCUGCUAUUGUCUUCUUGACUGGUUUCAUGCCUGACACAAGAAACCCACCUGCUUAUGUGUACGAAAAGUUCUUAAGAAGCAUUCCACGAGAGGAAUGGUUGGACACCGUGUUGGGGAAGUACGGGAAACCUGAUUGUCCUCUAGAUUUUGCGCUUUUGGGACCAAAGUUCUUGGCCAAGAAAGUUUAUCAACUCUCUCCACGUAAAGAUCUUGAAUUGGCUAAAAUGUUGGUGAGGGAAAACCCCUUCGUUACAAACAAUCUGGCAGGGACAAGAAGCUUCAGUGAAGAGGGAUACAGAUCCAUUACACGUAUAUAUAUAAUAUCUGGAGAGAGUAAUAUAGUACUUGAGGAUUACCAGCGUUGGAUGAUCAGGAACUUUCCGCCGAAAGAAGUAAUGGAGAUCAAAGAUGCAGAUCACAUACCUAUGAUCUCCAGAUCUCAAGAAGUCUGUGCUCUUCUCUUGGAAAUCGCUUGUAAAUAUGCAUAA